AUGCCUCUGCGCCUACGGAAAUGUGCCAUCCGGGAGUUCGUUCAAGAUGUGACCAAUCCCAAUGCUUCCAUGCUUAUGCUAAUGCUUAACCCCGAGCGUAAUGAUUGGGGCAUGCCGCAUUUGCGCUGGCGCUUUAACAUCGGGAAUGUUUUUGUCGCCCGAGAUGAUGGAGAGAAUCUCGAUGUGCGGGACUUGGAGAUGAUGUGUCAUUUUGCCAGAUUCAAGUUGCAGCCUAUGUUCAAAGGGGUAGCGCAGGAGAAGAGCGAGGUGGAGUCUGAAGCUGAGGACAACGACGAAGACGUACAUAUUGUCGGUGCUAAGCAGAAGGCUCUGAAGUGGAUUACUUGGGAGAAUAUGGAGAAGCAUUGGGACAUGGUGUGGUAG